AUGGCACAAAUAUUAGCAGGACGCAGGAGAUACUUUGGACACAAACCGACCAUCUUCCCUAAUGCUAAGAAGUUGUACAUGCUAUCCUUAAAUCGAGAUAACAUGAUUUGGGGAGAUUUUGCCUCCAAAGUUCGUACGUUCCAGAGAGGCUUCAUGGGGGAGCCAAAAGAAGUAAGACGAGGGAGGGGCAAGUUUCACGAAAACUCAUCUUCCCGUCUUUGCGACGAUUCUGUGGUCAUACCAAAGAUGGAUGUGGAUUUGCUAAAGCGCGGAAAUGGAUAUGUCACCACUAAGAAAGACAAAGAUAUAACAUCUAAAAGUCAAAAUAUGGAUGAUGCCUAG